CGUGUGGGUGGGCCCGGUCACCAGGACUCAGAUCCGUUCCGGUCGGAACCGAUCCCGGAGGUGUGGUCCCCGGCAGCAGCAGCAUGGACAGCGACGAUGAGACGGUGGAGGAGGUGGUGGAAGGUCCGCUGGAUGAUGACGGUCAGCCUCAUGGUUUCUGCACGGUGACCUACUCAUCCAGCGAUCGAUUCGAAGGACACUUCAGCCACGGAGAGAAGAAUGGGAAGGGAAAGUUCUUCUUCUUCGAUGGAAGUGCGUUGGAGGGCUUCUACGUGGACGACGCCCUGCAGGGUCAGGCAGUUUACACGUAUGAAGACGGGAGCGUCCUCAACGGGACGUAUAUGGACGGCGAGCUGAACGGUCCUGCUCAGGAGCUGGAUGGAGAAGGUCGGCUGGUGUUCAAGGGCCAGUACAAAGACAACAGCCGCUGUGGGGAAUGCUGGGUCUACUACCCUGACGGAGGCUGUGUGUUUGGACGGGUGAAUGAGGACGGGGAGAUGACCGGGGACUCGGUGGCCUACGUCUACCCAGACAGACAGACGGCUCUCUAUGGAAGCUUCGUGGACGGAGAGCUGAUUGAAGCUCGUCUGGCCACCCUGAUCUCCAGCCAGACUGGAAGACCUCGCUUCGACAUCACAGCCAACAGUCCAGUUUACUCAUACGACAAAUCCACAUCCAGCUGUAUCGCCACCCACCUGCUGCUUCCUGACCCCUAUGAGAACCAGAGGGUGUUUGUGGCUGACUCGAUGAUCCGAGGAGCCGGUCAGGGUCUGUUCGCCAAGAUGGACGCUGAGGCUGACGCUGUGAUGUCAUUUUAUAAUGGAGUACGCAUCACACACUCUGAGGUGGACGGCCGAGACUGGGCGCUGAAUGGAAACACCAUCUCCCUGGACGAGGACACCGUGAUCGAUGUCCCUCAGCCGUUUGACCAGGAGGACCGAUACUGUGCAUCUCUAGGCCACAAGGCCAACCACUCCUUCACCCCCAACUGCAAAUACGACCCGUUUGUCCAUCCACGUUUUGGCCACAUCAAGUGCAUCCGAACCCUGAGGGCUGUGCACAAAGACGAGGAGCUGACGGUCGCCUACGGUUACGACCACGAGCCGACAGGAAAGAACGGCCCGGAGGCUCCUGAUUGGUACAAGCAGGAGCUGGAGGCGUUCCAGCAGAGACGGGCGGCUCCCACCGGCCAAUGAGAACACAGGACAAUGAAACCCCGCCUCUACCUGUGCUGCCACCUUAAAGACUCCUGGAGCUUCGUCACAGCUGCAAACCCUCACUGUUAUAUCUGAGAAGUUGUUCUUAAUGUGGCGUUUAAAUGGAAUACUGUUGGUAAUUCAGGAUGAAUUUGGGCCAAAGCAACACAAGAACUAUGCAAAAACCAAAUGAUGUUAGAGGAGACAUGUCUGGACGUCCCACUGUCCUCCCACUCAAUGUUCCAAGUGCUUCGACAUUUCGGAUAGGACUCAGACUCUUAGCGUUUCUUUCUGUUUACUGUAUCUGUUUAACUGCAGAUAACCUACCAGGGCUUCCCUCACUGUCUGGACAGGACAGUGUUUGUGUUUAAACUGUCGAGCUUCAGAUAUACUUGAAUUUCGCUGGUCUGAUCCAUAAGUCUAAGUAAAAUCUAACUUUAUAGACCUGUUCACUUAAACACAUUGAAACAUAUAGUCCAGCCGUGUCCUUAUAUAUAGACUAAUUUAUUUAAAGUGUUGACUCCAUGUGAUUUCUAACUGAAAGACUCUGGGACAAAACAGUGGAAGAUCUACACUACAGGUAAACUGUGAGCGUGUUCUGCUUUUCUAACCUAAUAAUCAGUGUUCACAUCCUGUCAAAAAUAAAAGACCAAAUGUCGAAAAAUCAA